UAUAAUUAAAUUAUUUUUUUACAUAUUUAUUUGAUGAUUUUACUUUUUAGCAUUUUCGACUACUCUAAUUUCGAGUACUACUGACUUAACAGUAGUGAAUUUGCAUAAUAUCGUGACGUGUACACAAAAUGGUUCACAUAUUUUGCUACAAUCAAAUUAUUUGAGAUAUUAUAAAGACUCAAUAAAAGUUAUACUACAAGAUGGAAAAGAAAGUAAUCAAAUAAUGUGUGAAUUUGAAGUGAAAAUGCACAGAAGUUUUCAAGAUAAUAGUAUAAUGAUUCCACAAACGUGCACGUCAAAUGAGACUACACAAAAGAUUUUGUUGAUAAUUGGGAAUAAAAGAAAACACAAGCUACAUCUUACAUGCAACCAAGAAGAUGAGAUUAGUGUAAGUGUGAAUCAAAAUGGUGAAUUAGUACAAAUAAAUUCAUCAGUACAAAUUGGUUUUGAUCUCGAUAUAUUGAUUUCUUCAAAAAUCAGUAUGGUGCCAUUUCGUAUUGUUGACUGUUGGACUGAACAGCAAAAUCACGUGAUGAACUUUAUCCACAACGGUAUUCCAUUAAGGGAUGCGCAAGAAAUACCUUUGUGUAAACUGAACCGUGUAAAUGGAUACAAUUAUUCUAAUUAUGAUACCAACAAUUAUAGCGAUUUGAUGAAAGAAACAAAUAGAAACUGGCAUAUUCAGUUACAUUUAAGCUGGGAUACUUUGCCAGAUAGUCAUCAGAAGGCACUUAAACAACUGCUUCCUAAAUGAAA